UAAAGCACCAUUCUGAGGAAUUGCAUUCCAGCUUGCCCUUGACAAUCACUGAGAGGUUACCUAGCUAGGUACUACGUCAGAGAGAGCUAAGCUUACCUAUCUGGCUUUUUUAGGCUUGGUACCCAUUUGAUGAUUGCUGUAAUUGUAUUUUUUUUUUCUGUUGAAUUGCACACAGACUACAGUGUUCCUCUCACUUUUUUUUCUUCUAGGGUCCCACUUUACCAAAGGUGAUAUGCGAGACCCACAGACAGUUCAUUAUUUCUUUCUCACCAGAUGCCAGAAUACUUCCAUACCAAUACCCAAAAUGAUGCAGUAUUUACUUAUAUCGUCUAAAGAAGGAAAUGUACAAUUUUCUCAUUAUUUUGUGCAUACACCUCAAAAUAUACGGACAACAAACGAAGCAAGAGUCGUUGGCAAGUGCUUAGCUGGUGACAAGGAUUCUUGCCAUUUCCUGGAAGAUGGAGAUUUCACCCUCAUAUUUCGAUGGUUUGGUCCCUGUCUCUUCAUUGUUGCAGCUGAUAAGUCAGAAAAUGAACUCAUGGUGUACGAGUUCCUUAGUUUGUAUGUGAACGCACUCCAUCGAUACUUUGGGAAGUUUUCUGAGCGUCAUGUUCUUUUCAAUAUCGACAGACUUCAUAUGGUGUUAGAGGAAAUGGUGGUUGACGGUGAAGUUGUGGAAACUUCCAUAAAAAAUGCAUUAAGCCCUAUCCAGAUGCUGGAUACAGUAUCCAGAUAAUAGCACAUGAAGAAGAAUUUUGUGUUCCUUAAAAAAUGUUUAAAUUACUACACUUUUGCGUGCAGUAAAUUUUGCCAUGGAAGUGAUGAAUGAAUGUAAGAAAUUUGGGUGAUUUGUAAAAGUAAUGAUGCUUUCUCUUUGGAAAUUUUUCCAAAGCUACAUCAAAAACUAUGUCGUAUGUCAGUUUUACAUGAAAGAUGUUCCCAUGAAGUACAGAAUUUAAGUUUUAUGAAUGUCAAGCACAAAUCUUUCAUUUUCCUCAGGGACGUUUAAGAGCAUCAAUAUUUACAUCAACAUACUGUAGUUUGUUAACUCUGAAGUACUGCUGACUUGAAAAGCAGUAUUAUUUGUCGUUAAAAAGUGUAUUAUUUAUGUCAUAUUUAUAAUAUUUAUAUUGUUUUAAAUAAAGUGUAUUUAUUUUAAU